AGUAAAAAUGUCAUUUUCGAAAAAAAAAAAAAAUUAUGGUAUUUUUGUAAAUUAUAUAAACUUGUGGGGUGAAUAGGGCAAAACCAAUUUUCAAAAAAAAGGGAGGUUAGUUUUGUGUUUGACUUUAAGUUGUAGGUCAAUUCUGCAAAAAGCCCUAUUAAAUUUGGCUGUAUAUAUGUGUGUUUGACUUUGUAUAAUUUUAACAUUGUUCAAUACAACAUCGUUUCGGCAUUAUUUUAUAAUAUAAUAAGUAGUUGAAAUAGAAGGCUCGAACCUUGAACCUUAAACACAUUUUGAAGCUAUCUAACCAUGUCGGCCGCUGAUAUAUAAUUAUUAAACGAAAUUAAUUAUAUAGCAAAGCCAUUCCGAAAUGACCUUGUUUCUUAUUUGUCCCUUGGACAUGGGAGCUUGAGCAAUGAAUGUGGGAUGACCCUUUGGAGUGCAGCAUAUCUUUCUUCUUUGAUAUCACCACAGGAGCAUACCAUAUCUUUUGUUUUUGUUCUCGCCACGAUACACUCGAAGAAGGUGGAGCUGAGCCAGAAACGAUAAUUUGAUUCAAAUUGUUGUUCAAAUCAUGUGAGAUAAUAACUAUAAGUAAAGAAAAUCGAAAAGAGUAGAUGCUUGAGUAAAAAUCAAAGGAUCGUAUUCAUUACCCAAGCUCUCAUGUCCAAGGGAUUUAGAAGAAGAACCAAAGUCAUUUUGGAAUGGGUUUGCUAUAUAAAUAAUUUCGUAUGAUAAGAAAACAAAUAUAUCAGCUGGCCGAAAUGCUUAGAUAACCUGAAAAAUGUGUUUAAGGUUCAAGGUUCGAACACUAUUUAUGUGUAUACAAUCAAAGAUUAUACUGCGGGUUAACUCGUAUUUAUUGGAUUGACCUGUGGAUUUUCGAGAUUGAGGAUAAAGUUGCAAAAAAAUCACAUUGAGGGUUUUUUUUCCAGAAACCCAUAUUUUGUUUUCUACUAGUAACCCAGUAAUUCCUAGAUGAAAUUGAUGUUUUUGGGGGACACUUUCAUCUCCACGAGAAAGCCUAGAAAUAUACAAAAAAAAAUUAUUAGAUCAGUAUUAGAAUGAGCCUGUUAAAACUUAUAUCAUAGGUACUUCCCUUGGCUGAAGCUUUAGCUAUUAGAGAAGCCCUCUCUCAUGCUCACCACCUUGGAAUCUCCAAAAUAUGGCUUUUCUCAUACUCACAAGAGCUCAUCCGAGCCAUCAAUUCGAUCUCCAAACUGAAGAAUCUAAAUAGGGUAAUAUCAGAUAUCGAAUCGCUCUCUUCCUCUUUUGAUUUCUUCAUAUUCUAGUUUCUGUCCAGAGAUCAAAAUGUGUGCAUUCUGACUGUUUGGCAAAGGUCUACCUAUCAAACUCUAUAUCUUCUUGGCAUAAGAGCCUUCAAAAUUGGAUUUUCAGUAGUAUGCUUAUAAGUCAAAUAAGAGAAGACAUUAGUAGUUACUUAUGAUGAUUAUUUCAUUACUUAGAAAAUGAAAAUGAAAUGGAAAGGAAAGACGUACAAUGAAAGCUUGCCACCACUUAUCUUUCUGCUCAUUUGGAACAAAUUUUCAGCAGGACUACUGCCCCCAGAAGUAUGCCUACCAUGUUACUCGGAUAAAAUCAUGUACAAAGGAAUCUACACUGAAACUGAAAAAGAAACAGACAAACAAGACAAUACAAGAUGGACACAUGAAUGCAGGCUAGGCAUGGCCAUUUGGUGUCCCGUUCGGGUUGGUUGAUUCUAAUUUUUGGAUUUUUGGUAGUAUGAUCUCCCAUUCGGGUUUUACUAAUUUUUAGAUCAGAUUCAUUUUUUUCCUUCCGGGUUCCGGUUGUAACCUAUGUUUGAACUCCCAAAAAUCUAUUACUAAUGAAACUGAAAACAAUUCUCAAAAUGUAUAAAUUAUACAAAAAUCUAAUUAAAAUUAGUUAAUCUAUUUAAAAUAACUAAAGAGUAUUCAAAAUAAACAAAAAAUAGAAUUUUUUUAAAAUAUAUAAAUUACCUUAAUAUAUGUAAAAAUUAAUAGGUUUAACUAAGUUCGGAUGUUUUCAGAUCUUAAUUCGGAUUUUGGUUUAGUUCGAGUUGUAUCCAAACCUUAAUAUACUUAAAUCUCAUUCCCUAUCCAGGAAUCAUAAUAACGAUUCAGAUUUAGUUUUGUUCUGUUUUUUGCAUUCGGUUCGGUUUUCGGAUUUGGUUAAAAAAGGUAUGGCCUAAUGCAGACUUUAGAAAGGUACUUGCGAUAACGCUCCAUUGAUUUUCCUUAUAAAUGUGAAAUUAACAUGACAUAUUGAAAAAAACUAACAUAACUAAACAUAAGACACUGAAAAAUAAAUAAAUCACUUUGACGGACACACAUGACCAAAUUUACCAAAGUAAAUGUCAAUAAAUGCUAAAUUAAGCGAGUAAAUUAAUGAAAAUGGUAAAUAUGAUUUUCAAAUACAGUAAAAACUCUGUAAAUUAACAAUGUUGGGAUUUUGAUAUUUUAUUAAUUAUAGAGUUAUUAAUUUGCAAAUAGUUUUACUUUUUAGAUUUUUCUAUUUUAGAGGAUAUUUUUAUAUAAAAUAACAAAAUAAUUAAUUUUAACAUAUAUACAUUGAUUAAGUUUUUGAAAUUCAACUUCAUAUUAUUUUUCUUAUAUUGUUUUGUGUGUGUGAAAUAUGUUCUAUAGAAUUUAAUUGCAGUUUUAGAUAUAAUUUACUAAAUAUUAUAAAAAUAUAUUAAAUGUUAAGAAAAAACAGAGCUAAUAUUAUUUGAAUAUGGAAAAAAAAAAUUUCUUGUUUGUACAUAUAGAAAAUUUAUUUACAUAUAAAUUAUUAAUUUAUGUUUUUAAUGGGACUAUACAUUUACACAUAGUUUUCUAGAAUAUAUUAUUUUAUCGAUUUGGGUCAUAUUUUGAACAUGACCAACUGAGGACCGAAAGAAUUUAUUAAUUUAUUGUGUUAUUAAUUGGUUGAGUAUUAUUUAAAAGAGUUUCUACUGUAUAUACAACAAAACGUAAUGAUGAACAAUCGAGUGUAAUAAAAAAAUGAGUAAUAUAGUCCAUCUGAAAUGUUAAAUCCGAAUCAUAAUCCUAAUUAACUUCAUACAAUAAUCAACUAAAGCUCUUUCUAUGUAAAUUUAAUACAUGUAAAUGAUAAACCUUAAAAUUAUAAUAAAUAAAUGAAAUAAAAUAUCAACCUAACUUUCAUGACUCAAUUAUAUUGUACAAAUUCAUUUAUUCAGAUAAAUGUAGAAUUUGUUCAGAUAGGUGCGGCGGCGCGGCGGGACGAAGUUAUAUAUUUCAAAUAAAAAUAUUAGAUAUUGUAUGAUAUAUUUAUGUAUCUAUAAAAAAAAAAAUUGAUAACCGUGGGAAUCCUAAAGGCUUUCUAGGUCCAAAUACUAUUUAUAUAUAUUUAUAUUCAACAACACAAAUGUUAUACAUAAAAAUUACAUUUAUCAAACUAAAAUAAAGUUCCAAGUGAACAAAACUUGUAACUAUUGCUUGAAAUCUUUAGAUUUAUGUUAAUUAUAUUCUCGUAUGUUUCUAACUUCAGGAUAGGAAAAAACAAAGAGAGAGAAACGAAUCUUGUUAGAUCUGGUUUUACUGUAAACAACUGAUUUUAGGACAAAACUUGUUGAUGAGAGGAAAACACUGGAUCUUGACAUCUUCUAAUCUAUAUUUUUAUCCCUGAAAUUUUGUUUAACCAUAACGGGUAAUCAGUUAACUAAGUAUUUUCUUAACAGUCGGUAUUAGUUAGUUUUUGUUGUGAGCAUUACACAUUUAUUUAAACCCAUUCCAUCAUCCCAAUAAUUCCAUCAUCCACAAGAACCAAAGUUCAUUUUCCAGUUUCAUACUCUCUUCUAUUAAUUAAUUUCAUUGUCUUGCAAUCAUAGUGAAGACGAUGAGUUCCUCUGGAAUAGAGAAAGGUGUUGUCACUGCAGAAGCCGAGGCGCCGAGGGGGAAUAGAAGCCGGUUUGCUUUUGCAUGUGCAAUCUUAGCCUCCAUGACUUCAAUCAUCCUUGGUUACGACAUUGGAGUGAUGAGUGGAGCUGCAAUUUUUAUAAAAGAAGAUUUGAAACUGUCAGACGUACAGCUUGAGAUUCUCAUGGGAAUUUUAAACAUCUACUCCCUGGUAGGUUCAGGCGCCGCGGGGAGAACUUCUGAUUGGAUCGGGAGACGAUACACCAUAGUGUUGGCAGGAGCCUUCUUCUUUUGUGGUGCCCUUCUCAUGGGGUUUGCCACAAAUUAUCCUUUCAUUAUGGUUGGCCGUUUUGUAGCUGGUAUUGGCGUCGGUUAUGCUAUGAUGAUCGCACCGGUUUACACGGCUGAAGUUGCUCCUGCUACUUCUCGUGGUUUUCUCAGCUCUUUCCCUGAGAUAUUUAUCAACAUUGGUAUACUUCUUGGGUACGUAUCGAACUACUUUUUCGCCAAGCUUCCCGUGCAUAUUGGGUGGAGAUUCAUGUUAGGUGUCGGAGCGAUUCCCUCAGUGUGCCUAGCCAUCGGAGUGUUGGCAAUGCCCGAGUCUCCGAGAUGGCUAGUCCUCCAGGGUCGCCUUGGGGAUGCUUUUAAAGUCCUCGACAAAACCUCAAACACCAAAGAAGAAGCCAUCUCUAGACUCAAUGACAUCAAACGGGCUGCCGGAAUUCCCGAGGACAUGACAGACGAUGUUAUAGUUGUUCCCAACAGGAAGAGUGCCGGAAAAGGCGUGUGGAAGGAUCUUCUUGUCCGGCCAACCCCUGCUGUCCGACAUAUCCUAAUAGCAUGUCUCGGUAUCCAUUUCGCUCAGCAAGCCUCCGGAAUUGACGCGGUCGUCCUUUACUCUCCGACCAUCUUCCAAAAGGCUGGACUGAAAUCCAAGAAUGACCAGCUCUUGGCAACUGUCGCUGUUGGAAUUGUCAAAACACUCUUUAUCGUUGUAGGGACUUGCGUGGUCGACCGGUUUGGACGCCGUGCCUUGUUGCUCACGAGUAUGGGCGGAAUGUUUCUUUCAUUGACCGCGCUUGGGACUAGUCUUACAGUCAUCGACAGAAACCCAGGACACACGCUCAAGUGGGCUAUUGUGCUUAGCGUUACAAUGGUAAUGACGUUUGUAGCAACAUUCUCAAUAGGUGCCGGCCCAGUGACGUGGGUCUACUGCUCAGAGAUAUUCCCUGUGAGGCUAAGAGCUCAAGGGGCAAGUUUGGGAGUGAUGUUGAAUAGAUUAAUGAGUGGUAUUAUCGGAAUGACAUUCCUAUCGCUUUCUAAAGGUCUAACCAUCGGUGGUGCAUUCCUUCUCUUUGCCGGAGUUGCUGCUGCUGCAUGGGUCUUCUUCUUUACUUUCCUUCCAGAGACACGAGGUAUACCUUUGGAAGAGAUGGAGAGUCUUUUCGGGAGCUACACUGCAAACAAGAAGAAGAAUGUUACAAAGGAAGGUAAAGAAGUGGUUGAGAAACACUGAUAAGAAAUAAUGAAAUAUGUUGUCGUGAAUUGGGGAAAUUUCAUUAGAAAGAAAAGAAAAUUGCUUUAAUAAUGUAAGUUUCCAUCUAGCUCAACUUGUUAACUAAGCUCAACUUUAUUUUGAUGAGAAUGUGAAUUCAACCUACCUGAUGCUAUUUCUUUAAUUGACAAGAACGUAAAAACCUUACAAAGAUAUAUUCAUGGAAAUUGCACUGUAUAGCACACAAAAAAAUUAUAAUUAACUGUAUGACGAAUUGACCUACCUCUCACCUAUAUAUUGCAUAUUUUAUAUAAUAUUGUUGUUAUACCCUUUCAUAUGACCGGUUCAACCUGCAAAGAAAACAAAAUACAUUAUUAAUUAGUUACUCUGAAAAGUAUCGAACACAUAAACAUUAUCUUCUUUUUUCUUUUCUAUCUUGAUUUUUCGUUGAUAACUACACAUAAAUCGUUGGUUACUCUGCCUUAAUCACCACCGAUCGAUACAAUGGGAACCACCAUCACCAUUGAGCUUUCCAUUGUCACCACCAUAUUCGUUUUCAUCGGAAUCACCCCGUCUUCACCUCACAUCUCACACCUCUGCUUAUUCUUCUCUUCCAUCUACUGUACCAACAGCAAAAUUAUUUCCUCUAUCGCAUGAUAAAUGUACCAUCUCUACUGUUACAGCCACAUACACUAAUUUUCUGUCUCUGUGAGGUACCAAAAUUGAUAAAAGAAGAUGAACAAUUUAUUGUGUUCUAUACUAUUAUAUACAUAUAGAAUAGAACGGGUUUAGUAAUCAACAAAUAGAACCAGUAUUGAAUUGUGUGUCCUUAACUAGAACAUGUUCGGACAGCAGCUGAGAACCACACAAUUGAAACAUUGGAUAUGUGUCAUGCAGUCGCACCCACUGAUGAAGAGUAGUCACCAUAUAACUGUGAUUAUAAUUUCAUUUAUAUGUAAUGGUGCAAUAUAUAUAUAAAAUUGGAAUAGAUCAUGUGAAUAUGUAAAUGGAAAGAUUAUACAUCAACACUGGAAUAUCAUAUUUUUAUCUACCACUAUAACAAAAUUAAAAAUAA